AUGGCUAGAGAAAGCACCGCACCAAUGGAGCCCCUCACUCCAGGGCGAAAGCCAAACACCCAGCCUCACCCCGCACAUGUCCAAGAACCCGAAUUCGGAAAACCAUCGCCGAUCGGCCCCCCACAACACAGAUCAAACCACCUUUUCAACAUUCCAAAGCCGAAUCAAUCUCGGGCCGAACAUCAUCGACCCGCCCCUCGACCGCAGCCGCAACAGCAGCCACAAUCGCGCCCUUCAGGUCAGUCAAGUGCUACGCCUCACGCUUAUCGCCCACCGGGCACUUCAGGUGCCCCAGUCGCUACGCCGUCGGCGAAGCGAAGCGAGCCAUGGGACCCAUUCAAGCCGGUGGCACCAUCAGCCUACAACAACCCUCGCGGAGGAUUUCCACACGGUGCAGUGAGUAUCAAGCGACCUGAAAAUGUUACUUGGACAACCCCUCGGGCCCCUAGGCCUAUCUACCAAUCCCAGCCUGUUCCACCAAAGAUGGGAGGCGCGUCGAAGAACCUACAGAACUUUAUGGACCUCACACGCGACGAGACUGAUCCUGUUCCACGGCCGACGGUCCGUGCACCACCGAGCUUCGGAGCCAUGGAUAUGAAUGGCUAUGUCGACACGGCUAUGGCAAAUGAGAACAUCAAAGCUUUGCUUGAAGGUGCAUUCGAGGACGAGGAGGACAAAGCUGAGCCGAAACCUAAAGGCAAGAAGAAGAAGGGUGGGAAGAAGCAGUCCAAGAAGAAGUCACAGAAGAAGCAGAAGGAUGAAGUCAUCGUCGACAGGAAGAAGGAACAAGCGAUUGACGACCUUGAUGAUCUUGCUGUUCAACUUCAAGGGGUCACAGUCAACGACCCGAAGGAUAUUGGCGCUAAGUCUGAACAAGAUUCAUCUGCCAAGGUUGCCCAGUCAGACGAAGAAGACGACCAGGCAGCAGAGGAGGAGGAAGAAGAAGAGGAGGAUGAGGAGGAGGAUUACCCUCCUUCCCCAUCAAAUUGA